AGGAGUGGCUUUCCAAACUUCUGCCUCCCGUCCCGAGCCAAACGACGAGUCGAGCAGCGACAGUAGUCUGUCUUCCUUCUUCCAGAUAGAUCUCGCUCUAAACACCUGGGCAAAAAUACGACGCUUGAGGACUACAAGAAAAAAAGGCAUUGUUAACAAGCUGAGACAAGCCACAGACAGAACCCAUGGCACGGAUGGAGUCCUCGUGUCUGGAGCUGGCCUUGGAAGGCGAAAGGCUCUGUAAGGCGGCCAAUUAUCGUGCCGGCGUGUCUUUCUUUGAGUCUGCCAUCCAGGUUGGAACGGAGGACCUCCAAAUCCUCAGCGCCAUCUACAGCCAGCUCGGCAACGCUUACUUUCACUUGCAGGAGUAUAACAAAGCCUUGGAGUACCAUCGGCACGAUCUCACGCUUACCAGGACAAUCGGCGAUGAAGUCGGCGAGGCCAAAGCCAGCGGCAACCUCGGGAACACAUUAAAGCUUCUAGGGCGCUAUAAUGAAGCCGUGGUUUGCUGCCAAAGACAUUUAGACAUCGCCAGAGCCAUGUGUGACAAGGUUGGGCAGGCCCGAGCGCUGUAUAAUUUUGGGAACGUCUACCACGCCAAGGGUAAAAGCAUCUGCUGGUCGGGGACAGAGCCAGGAGAGUUUCCAGAGGAAGCCAGGAUCGCCCUGAGGAAAGCUUCACAGUACUAUGAGGCAAAUCUGUGCUUGGUGAAGGAGUUGGGAGAUCAUGCGGCCCAGGGUCGCACCUAUGGGAACCUUGGCAAUACCUAUUAUCUGCUGGGCGACUUUGAAACUGCGGUCGCAGCACAUGAAAAGCGCCUUCUUAUUGCCAAAGAAUUUGGAGACAAGUCUGCUGAAAGGAGGGCGCACUGUAACCUUGGCAAUGCUCAUAUAUUCCUUAGCCAGUUUGAAGUGGCGGCCGGUCAUUACAAGAGGACUCUGCAGCUGGCCAGGCUUUUGAAGGACAAGGCGGUGGAGGCCCAAGCCUGUUACAGUCUGGGCAACACCUACACACUCCUUCAGGACUAUGAGAGAGCCAUUGAUUAUCACCUCAAACAUUUGCUCAUUGCUCAGGAGCUCAACGACAGGAUCGGUGAAGGAAGGGCAUACUGGAGUCUAGGAAACGCCCACACCGCCCUGGGGAACCACGAGCAAGCUAUGCACUUUGCAGAAAAACAUCUGGAAAUUGCCAAAGAGACUGGAGACCAAAGUGGUGAGGCGACUGCACGGAUGAAUUUGUCCGACCUCCGGCUAGUCGUGGGUCUGAAGUCCAACAUCUAUCCCAACAUCUUCAGCAAAACACACACUCCUCUGUCAGCUAGCCACCAGAGUUACCUCAACAUGUCGGGGAGAAAGUCCCCAUCAAGGAGGCAAGGCAGUACAGAGACCCUGGACAGUCCAAGUCAAAGUGGAGAUUUAACCUUGCAUUCGAACUGGGAGGAAGAUAGACUCUCGAGGACUUCCAAAAAUAACACCAUAAAGGCUUCCACUAAGCUCUUCCUCUUCCACCGACUAAAAAGCAAGAAGCAUAAAAGCAACACAUUUCCAAAAGAGCAGCCUGAAAAGAUGUCGGAGCGCUCAUUGCCUGAUUUGGACCCGCCGCUGUCUCCAAAGCCAGCAUCACACGAUACCAUCGGGGAGGACGGCUUUUUCGACCUCCUCUCUCGUUUCCAGGGCAACCGAAUGGAUGACCAAAGGUGCUCUCUUUUAGACGGCUCAAGGCAUCAGCCUGCCACUUCCUCUCCCUCAUCUAGCCCACCUCUAGCUGAAAGGAAAUCUAUACUGGCUUGCGAAACACCAUUGCAGGAUCCUGCUCAUUUCCUGGAGCUGCUGGCCAGCUCCCAGGCCCGUCGUCUGGACGACCAACGAGUCAGCCUGAGCCAUUUUCCUGGCUUGAGACUCAGCACCUGCGACCGGCCCAGUACACCCUCCACCUCCAGCGAAAACCAAGACCCUUUGCAAGCCCCCAGUUCCAGUGCCGAUCCGGCUCACACACCCUCCCAAUACAGCUGCAUCCAGACCACCCUUAACCAGCCCGAGGGGGACGAUGUCUUCUUUGACAUGCUAGUCAAGUGCCAGGGUUCCAGACUGAAUGACCAAAGGUGUGCGGCUCCUCCCUCUGCCACACGAGGCCCAACUGUCCCAGAUGAGGAUUUCUUUAGUCUCAUUUUACGUUCACAAUCAAACAGGAUGGAGGAACAGCGGGUUGUGCCGCCGUCUGACGUCAGUCCGUCCAAACCAGACUGAUGUCAUGGAACAACUCCAUUUUAUUUAUUUUUUUAACUUGUAGGAUUUAAAAUGCUGACCGUCUGACCUCCCU